CUGGGUCCAGCUGUUCACGUGGAGGUCUCAGCCCUCCCAUCUGCGGAGUCCUCUCGACCUGUCAACUCUCCUACCCCCGGGGCCUGUCCAGGUCUCUCACACAAACCUCCGCCCCCACCGCCUCUGGCUGCACUUUCUUCACUGGGACAACCGGGCCCACACCCUCUUCUUGGCGACCUGGAGGGUGUGGCGGUGACUCUGGCGCAGGUCCUUGACUCCACAGUGACGCCCCCUCUUCAGACAGAAGGACAAGAAGGUCCCAGCGGCCUGUCCUCAGGUUCUGCAGCAGGCCUGGGUGGCCCAGCAUGGCCCACUGAGGUGAACCAUGACUGGCUGGCUAACACUCACCACUGACCAUCCAGAGUCACACCUCACCAGGAGGUGACCCCUCCUCCAGCUGUCCCCCCACUCGCCCACCCCACCCAGGAAAGUGCCCGCGCUGCCACGGACACCAUGUAGUAGGGCCGGCCACGGCACCCAGUGAGCUGCAAUGGUUUUGUACACAACCCCCUUUCCUAAUAGCUGUCUGUCCGCCCUGCACGCCGUGUCCUGGGCCCUCAUCUUCCCAUGCUACUGGCUGGUGGACCGGCUUCUGGCCCCUUUCAUACCCACCACCUACGAGACGCGCCAGCGGGCGGACGACUGGUGCUGCCUCCAGCUGCUCUGCUCCUAUCUCUUCACACCUGUCUACCUGGCCCUCCUGGUCGCCUCACUGCCCUUUGCAUUUCUUGGGUUCCUCUUCUGGUCCCCUCUGCAAUCUGCCCGCCGGCCCUACAUCUAUUCCCGGCUGGAGGACAAGGGCCCAGCUGGUGGGGCAGCCCUGCUCAGUGAAUGGAAGGGGACAGGUCCUGGCAAAAGCUUCUGCUUCACCACAGCCAACCUCUGCCUUCUUCCCGAAUCGCUGGCAAGGUUCAACAAUGUUUUUAACACCCAAGCACGGGCCAAAGAGAUUGGGCAGAGAAUCCGCAACGGGGCCAGUCGGCCCCAGAUCAAAAUCUACAUUGAUUCCCCCACCAACACCUCCAUCAGCGCGGCCAGCUUCAGCAGCCUGGUGUCACCACAGGGCAGUGAUGGCGUGGCCCGGGCCGUCCCUGGAAGCAUUAAGAGGACGGCCUCUGUGGAAUACAAGGGUGACAGCGGGCGUCACCCCAGUGAUGAGGCUGCCAACGGCCCGGCCUCUGGGGAGCUGGCCGACAGCGGCAGCCUUGAGGAUGCCUGCAUCGUGCGCAUCGGCAGUGGUGACGAGGGGGGCCGGCCUCCCGAAGCCGAUGACCCUGCCACUGUGGGCCAGGCCAGGAAUGGGGCCGGCGGGGGCUCACGGGGCCAGACACCCCACCACAGUCAGCAGGAUGGGGACUCGGGGAGCCUGGGCAGCCACUCAGCUUCCAGGGAGUCCCUGGUGAAGGCGCGAGCCGGGGCGGACAGCGGCAGCGGGGAGCCAGGUGCCACCAACAGCAAGCUCCCAUACAAGGCCUCGGUGGUGAAGAAGGCGGCCGCGCGCAAGAGACGGCACCCAGACGAGGCCUUUGACCAUGAGGUCUCGGCCUUCUUCCCCGCCAACCUGGACUUCCUGUGCCUGCAGGAGGUGUUUGACAAGCGGGCGGCCGCCAAGUUGAAAGACCAGCUGCACGGCUACUUCGAGUACAUCCUGUACGACGUCGGGGUCUACGGCUGCCAAGGCUGCUGCAGCUUCAAGUUUCUCAACAGCGGCCUCUUCUUUGCCAGCCGCUACCCCAUCAUGGAUGUGGCCUAUCACUGUUACCCCAAUGGGCGGUGCUCCGACAGCCUGGCCUCCAAGGGAGCUCUGUUUCUCAAGGUGCAGGUGGGAAGCACACCUCAGGACCAAAGAAUUGUCGGGUACAUCUCCUGCACACACUUGCACGCCCUGCCAGAGGACAGUGCCAUCCGGUGUGAACAGCUGGACCUGCUUCAGGACUGGCUGGCUGAUUUCCGAAAAUCUACCUCCUCGUCCAGCGCAGCCAACCCCGAGGAGCUGGUGGCGUUUGACGUCAUCUGUGGAGAUUUUAACUUUGACAACUGCUCCUCCGACGACAAGCUGGAGCAGCAGCACUCCCUGUUUACACGCUACAAGGACCCCUGCCGCCUGGGGCCCGGGGAGGAGAAGCCGUGGGCCAUCGGUACCUUGCUGGACACAGAUGGCCUCUACGAUGAGGACGCGUGCACCCCUGAAAAUCUGCAGAAGGUCUUGGAGAGUGAGGAAGGCCGCCGGGAGUACCUCGCCUUCCCCACCAGCAAGAGCACUGGGGCAGGCCAGAAGGGACGCAAGGACCUGCUGAAGGGCAACGGCAGGCGCAUCGACUACAUGCUGUACACGGAGGAGGGACUGUGCCUGGACUGGAAAGCCGAGGUGGAAGAAUUCAGUUUUAUCACCCAGCUGUCAGGCCUGACAGACCACCUCCCUGUAGCCAUGCGGCUGAUGGUGUCUGCGGCGGAGGAGGAGGCAUAGACCAGCCAAGUCACCGGGAGCAGUUGGGCCUCUGCCAGCCCUCUGAGCCGAAGCCCCUUCCUGGCCACGUCUCCUCCAGCAGCGAGCACCCCCCGACCCCCGGUGCCAGGGGAGGAGGGCAGGGGCCCAGGGGGAGCCACGGUUAGUCCCGGGUGAGCUGGAACCAGCGCUGCCCUGCACCUCUGGGCACUCACCGUUGGACACAGGAGUCAGGUCGGCCCCGGGAGCCCCGGCUACCCAACCAGUGCCAUUCUUUCCAAACGUGAUUUUCUACAAAUCUACAGCACAAACUAGUUUGUAACCCGUGGGUUAGUAUGAGAACCGGGUUUCUGUACUCUUUGUAUCUCUUCUCAAGCUUCGUCCAGGGUUCAUUAUUUUUGUCUGCUGCCAUGUUGUUUCGCAUGCCUGCACCCUCGCAUGCACGCUGCCUGCAUGCCACGUGCCACACCGUAGCCACACAGACCCCUCGCUUGGGCCUCACCCAAGGCCAAACUCCAAACACAAUCAGAACCAGCCAAAGAAGCAUUCCUGGGCACAGGACCACCUGCUCACCGCCGCCAGCCGGGACGGCUCCCAAGCAGGGACCGUGAGGCUGUGUCCAGUUACCAGCGAGCCCGGGCUCUUCCCAGGGUCUUGCAUUCAAGGGCAAUCACAUUUUAAAAAGAAAAACAGAAAAAGUUAAGAACAAAGACAACCUUUCACUUUAGAGGGUCUGCAAGCCGCACGGGAGAAGGCUCCUCUUCCCGAGAUAGGCUCCCUUCCCCCCGGCGCACCAGGGCCCCAGAGACUCCGAAGUGGGCAGUGGAGCCAUAGACAGGAAUCCCCGGAGAGCAUCACUUUUUUACAGGAAAAAGGGGAACUCACGGCAUGGGGGGGUGGGGGGUGGGGGGCUUCUGGUUUUGAAAAUGCUAAGAUUUGUAACUUCUCUUCUGUCAAAACCAACACAUCUUUCUGCCUGAUCCCGUCUCCCCCCUUGGACACCUCUGGUUUGGGACCAAUCCUUCUGUGGGGCCCGUCCCCAUCCACAUGCUGGCUGAGCUCAGGAACUGUCCACCUGCCUCUGGGUGGGGCUGCGACUCUGAUCUCCCACGCCCAUUCUCAACAGCAACCGAGGGGCCCUGGACAAAGGCGGGGGAGCCAAGGUGCCGACAGCAGCCUGUCGCCUCAUCAGUGUGCAGGCUGGGGGUGGCAAGGCCAAUAGCCACCACUUGCGUGAGGCAAGGAGUGGUACUAAUUGGCGUCCAGAUGCAUAGACACCUAUUCUGCUACUGUGUGACCAGGGCCAGUCCUGGACACCCAAGCAUAGCGUGGCAGAGCCUGCAGGUGAGGCCCACAGCUCCCCACCCCAUGGCAGCACUGCCUCUGUCCACCUGCCUUUUUAAACACACCUGGACCCGCUCCCCUGGUCAUGCAGGGAGGGUUCUGUCUGUUUCCAGGUGUGAGGCUCCUCUGCCUCGGGGGACUGUUCUUGACAACCCCCACUGGUCUCCCCUCCUCGUAGUGCCCUGACCACGUGCCCAUCUGGCUUGAAGGCAGCUCCACCCAGCAACGCUGGGGGUGCACCAGGACCCUGCUGCUGGGAGCCUCCUGGUGCCGGUGUGCUGAUGCUGUGCCUUGUCACCCACUGAGCUGGAAGAGGGACGAAGAGGGAGCCAAGCUGCCAGCGAGAGGCCAGGCCCUUUACUGGGGGAGGACAUUCCUGAGAUUUGCACCUGUGGUGGCACUGGUUUAUCUAAACCCAGCAGGCCAGGGCAGCAGCUGGGCUGAGGGCUUUGCUGUUAGGAGCACUUCACUGGCCAGGCCCCCAGCCCCACCUUGUGUCCAGAAGCCAGGACAGGCUGCUCACCACCGGCUGAGGGUGCUGUCCCUCCUGGGCUCUCUGCUGUGCCCCUCCUCAGAGGGCCUGGCUCUCAGGGCCUUGGGUAGGCUUCCUGCUGUCAGAGGGCCCCCAUUCCCAGGAGCAGCCAGAAUCUCUGCUCCCACGGGUGGGGCCCAACUAGAUAGCCAGGCCUGAGCUGAGGCCCCCCAGGCUGCAAGUCGGCUGUGUGCCUGGGAGAGCAGCAGAGGCCGAGGCCAGGGCUCCUGAAGCAGAGAAACUCCAGCACAGCUUCCAUCCCUCCGAGAGGCCGCCUACCCCCAGGGCAGCUUGGUGGGAGCCAAGGCGCAGGGGGCACAGGCUUCUCUCCCUCACUCACAGGGCGCCUUAGGCAAGUCAUACCUCCCUGUGCCUCAGCCAUUUCCUGUCCUAACAAGGUCGCCUCUGCCCAGCCUGGCCCUGGCGUCCAGAGCAGGGCUGGCCCACCCCCCGGCCCCCCUCGCACCUCCCUCUGGCACGGCCUCUGCUGAGGCUGCCAUUGCCCAACCACAUGUUUCAUGAAGCCUGUGGACUCCCAGGGCCGUGCACAAGCCAGACUUUUCCAUUUUGAUUUUUAAAAAAGAAAGAAAAGAAACAUUGCCAAGAUCUCACAUUCUGUGGCAUCUAGGCCUGGGAGGGGCAGACACGGGUCACCCAAAUCCCCAAACAAGGCCCGCGCCUGCCCCGGGCCCGGCCUCCUCCGGGGAAGCCAGGAGGUGGGGUCAGCUCUGGAAGGAGACAGUCAUUUGCAUUUGUCCAAACCACCUUGAGUUUUAAGUAUGAAUAUUAAUCUUGAUGCUUUUUAACUAUUGUAUUAACUUGCUAAGAUUUAGAAAUACUGUUUUAAAAAGAAAAAAACACUUUUUUAAUUUCUGUAUUCUUUUCUGUAUUGUAUCCUCAUGGGACAUUAGGGGUUUUAUAUGGUAAGCACACCUAAGGUUUUGGUAAAAACAUUAUCAAAUAUAUAUAUCCAGACGAUUCUUCCCUAGAAGAAAAACAGUCUUUACACCGAUAAAAUAUUUUCAAAAGAGAAGUGUUUUUUUCCUUUAUUGGUGCUGAAAGGAAGGAUGGCUAAUGAGGAGAAAAUAAAACUGUGAGGCUCAA